UUCUCGGGAGAGAGCGAAGAAGCACAUUUAUAUAAACCCUAGAUUUCUCCACCAUUAGGGUUAGUGAGCGAUGGCGACUGCAGGAACUGCGACGGCGAAGAGAAAACCGGUGUUCGUGAAGGUUGAACAGCUGAAGCCUGGGACGACGGGUCACACGUUGACUGUUAAGGUCGUUGAUUCCAACCCUGUGGUUCCGACGACCCGUAAGGCUCGUCCGGUGAGUUCUAUGAGUCGUCCGUCUCAGCCUAGUCGAAUCGCCGAGUGUCUCAUCGGAGACGAGACCGGGUGUAUUCUAUUCACUGCUCGUAACGAUCAAGUUGAUCUUAUGAAGCCGGGAGAAACGGUGAUACUGCGCAACUCGAGGAUAGACAUGUUCAAGGGCACGAUGAGGCUAGGGGUUGAUAAAUGGGGACGCAUCGAAGCCACUGAACCAGCAUCUUUCACUGUCAAAGAGGAUAACAAUCUGUCUCUUGUUGAAUACGAACUGAUUAACGUUAACGAUCAGUGAGAUCUUCUUUGGUGUGUGUUUGGGGGAGUGAAGAGGGUUUAUGAUUCUUCUUCUACCGUUAAGGUCUUUGAUUUAGUUGUUGAAGCUUUGUAUGGACUUGUCCAGAGACGCUUUCUUUUAGGAAUGCUUUCUAUUUCUUUUUUGUUUUUUUUUUCUGUCUCCAUCUACGAAACUCUUGCAUCAA